AUGAACCGCUCGAAAAAUGAACUUGUAGAUUCAAUCUCGGCCCUACCGAGCAGUAAACAAAAACGAUCGUUCAGUUUCUUUGAGACAGCUCAAUCAAAACAAUCUUCGUUUCAGAGUAAUUUAGAGGCCUCUUCAUCGACUGUUCCUCCAACACCGACUACCGCUGUUUCGGCCGAGGCAACCAAGAGCCGGAUUAGCCAAGGCCAUCACUCAGCGACAGUGGCCACUUGGAUUCCUUCAAAUUAUGUUACUCAUCCACUGGCGGCCGUCCUGACCCUUACACUAGCCAACUUCUCCUGGCCCCAGGUGGCUGCCACAAUCGCCAGACUGAGGGUCUUGAUGCCUGAGUUGAAGGUGGGCCUUUGA